AUGUCCAAGCAAAGACCAGGUUCUAGCCUGCAAACUGUUAGAGUGGAACCUCGCUACUCUUAUAACAAGGAAAGAGAAAAGAGUAAGAGUGUGGACUUUGUGUAUGUCAAUUCCGCGUUUGUUAACAGUGUAGAUAAUGUGAAUCAGCCUGUACAGGAACCACCAACGACAGUCAUAAGGGAACAAUAUUGGGCGUGUUCAAAAUGGCCGAUGGGCCAGCGAAUUUUGGCUAUCACCGUUGGUGUGUUGCUGGGGACAGUUAUAGGACUUACUAUCCUCGUGGUGAUCAGGGGUGACGAUGAAGAUAUGCCAAACCUUUUGAGGUUACAACCGAAACAAUAA